GACCGUGAUAAUUUAGAAGGUCACGUGACUUAAUCCAUCAAUGUAGGUAAUAUGGCGGUUAUUCAUCAACCAGGUAUGAACGGAGACAUACCAAAUUUCUCGAUUGGUUCCAGAGGAGACGAUGCCUACGUCUCUGGGAAUCUCCAAGAGGAGAUUGAAAAUAUUCAACGUAUCAUCACUGCAUUGCGAAAGAAGCUUGAGGCUAUCAAUGAGGAAUUCGGUGGACAUCAGCAUCCACCAGCUCUUUAUGUACAGGAAUAUGAGGAACUUGCCAACAAAAUUCACUACUACCAGCUGCGAGAACAGAGACUUCAAGAACAGAUGAGUGUGGGAGGUGGGUCGCCCCCACCGUCCCCGCCCCACAGCAAGUCACAGCCCGAGGAGCCUCUGUUGUCUCCGGGACCUCCGUUAACCCCGAGCAAUAGCAACAGUAAUCCGCGGAUGCCUCCAGUGGGGCAGCGAAGUCCUCAGUUGGGUCCCAGAUCAACCAAUGCACACAUCAAGGCUCACCUUCCCAACAGUAUGGUUACCACGGUUCUUGCAAUUCCGGGUACCACCCUCAAAGAUGGUCUCACUAAAGCCAUGAAGAGGAGACAGUUAGAUGCGUCAAAGUGCCAGGUGUUCCGACACAAAACAAGAAUCCAGUUGACAUGGAACACGGACAUGAUGGAACUGGCUGGCCAAGAGGUGUCUGUUGAGUUGAUAGAGCCUGAUGAAGAAAAUGGGUCCACGAGAUCCGUACCCCGAGCUGUUGUGCUCGCCCACAAUUAUGGCAGAAAGACAUAUUUCUCCUUAACCUUCUGUGAUAUUUGCCGCAAUCUCCUGUUCCAAAGUAUUCGUUGCCAAACCUGUGGUCUCAAAUUUCACCAACGCUGUGAGGAUAAGGUCCCUCGUAACUGUCAGGGAGACCUGGAGGUUUAUCUACGCGCUCAGAGAGACAACUCUCGGGAAAUCCUUCGCCAGAUACUGUCAGACCACCACCAGUCUGGUAGUAAACAGCAAAGUCAAGGUUACUCUAAAGGAGGACACCAAAGUCGCGCAGUAGCACCUCAGCUGGGCCAGCGGGAGAGGUCCACGUCUGCCCCCAAUGUCUGUGCCAAUAUGAUCGAUAACAGUGAUAUGAAUUCACAGGAGUGUCUUCGACGAUUUAGAGAGCUUCAAAAUGUCCACGCAAGGUCGCAGUCAAAUGUUGUUCCGGGUUAUCGAUAUAGUUUCUAUAAGGACAAGCGACACGCUAGUGAUAGCAGUGCUUCCUUUUCCAAAAACCUCCCCUUGUGUCAGAGCAGAGGUCAACAAUGCCACACCCUCACCCUUCCCUCCCAAAGUCCCAGUGGAAGUCCAACAAAAAGUGCUCAGUCAUCCCCCACAAGUGCUACUAAAGUCCGACCUAGAGCGAAGUCUGUGGACACAGAUCCUGCAAAGAGAUCUAGAGCUCGCCGAGAUUCAAAUGAAGAUUGGGAAAUUCCCAACUCAGAAAUCAUGUACGACAGACAAAUUGGUUCAGGGUCUUUUGGAACUGUGUUCAAAGCUCACUGGCAUGGACCUGUCGCUGUGAAGAAAUUGAACGUGACUGAUCCCACGGAUGCUCAGAUGCAAGCCUUCAAGAAUGAAGUUGGAGUACUCAGAAAAACUCGGCACCUGAACAUUCUCCUGUUCAUGGGCCUGGUGUCCAAACCCCACCUGGCCAUUGUGACCCAGUGGUGUGACGGGCACAGUCUCUACAAGCAUCUGCACGUGCAGGAGACCAAGUUUCGCGUGGACCAGCUCACCAUGAUCGCCAAGCAAACCGCUCAGGGCAUGGACUAUCUCCAUGCCAAGUCCAUCAUCCACAGAGAUUUAAAAUCAAACAAUAUCUUUUUGACUGAGGUGUGCACAGAAAAUAUGACAGUGAAGAUUGGAGACUUCGGCCUGGCUACUGUGAAGACCCGCUGGAGUGGUUCCCACAUGUUCCAACAGCCUUCUGGCUCAAUAUUGUGGAUGGCACCAGAAGUCAUCAGAAUGAAAGAGCAAAAUCCCUACACAUUCCAGUCAGAUGUGUAUGCCUUUGGUAUAGUGAUGUUUGAGUUGAUGACUGGCUCUUUGCCGUAUGCCCAUAUCAAUAACAAAGAUCAGAUUCUUUUCAUGGUGGGCAAAGGCUAUCUGCGACCUGACCUGGCGUGGUGUCGCUCAGACACUCCGAAACAACUGAAGAGAAUCAUGCAAGACUGUGUGGACUUGAACAGAGACGGGCGGCCGCUAUUUCCUCAGAUUCUGGCCUCACUGGAAGCUCUGUAUAUGUCCAUACCCAAAAUCAAGCGCAGUAAAUCGGAGCCCACUAUUCAUCGGACGGACUCGUUUGACUUAGACUUUAAGUACAUGUGUGCCUCGCCCAAAACCCCCAUCAACAGCCAGUUCAACACAAAGUUUCUGUUCUCCGGGGGGAACAUCUGACACUUUGAGCAGUCCGUUGCUAACCCGUCAUACUUCAGCGCCCUGGACUAUUUGCACUGACCGCUGCCCAUUGUCAGGUGACAAAUGAAGGCGAGUGGAGGAGAGGAGCAAGGGGAAGGGCCACGGCUGGAUGGAGCAGCAGAGCGAGCCUGGAGUUGGGGGCAGGGUGGAGGCUGGCCGUUGACUUAUGGAAUGCAUGCGGGCAUUGAGUGCUGCAGUAGUGGCUGUUGAUGGAUGAUCUCUCACCGAGGGUUGUUUUGAGCUAUGCUCACACGUGGUCAGGGCGGGGCGGGGCGAUUCCAGGAGUAGGUGGUGGGCCCCUCCUCCCCCUCUGAUAUAAGGAAUGCAGGGAAGAGGUUCAUGAGAUGAAUCCAAAUGAUGUUUGCGAUGGUGUGCCAGCCUGCAUGUAUGUCUUGUGUGUCUCAGAUACCAACAGAUCAAUUACUUUAAUGACGCAAUGAGAUUGGGGUGGUUUUUAAAGGGGUUUUUUCGUUGUUUUUUUAAUAAUAUGUUGCUACUGAUUUGGCUUUGUUUGUAACAGGGAGUUGAAUGUGUGCCCAGGUUUUGUUGUUUUAUUUUUGUUUGGUGUUUUGGCUGGGUCUGUUGAUUGUCAUGUUGUUUUUGGGUUGUUGUUUUUCCUAAUCGCACCGAGAUCUUGAUCUCUUAGAAUAAUGGGUACAUGUGACACUGAAUAUGUGAAGAUGACAAACCAAUGUUAGCAAGCAGUAUAUUUUCACCUCUACUCUUGGACUGAUAUUAGCUAGCAGCGUACUGUCACUUGCGCCCCUGGUGCUUCACCACCAGUUGUCUUUUCACGCUCUCUAUUCCUGCAGGGUUUACAUGCUGCACCGUGGAUGUGUGGCAUCAAGUAUCUGGCAUUACUCAGGCACGGCUUAUCACAGAUUUUUGGUAGACAUGAAAAGGAGUAAAUAUGAAUUUUGUGAAAAAUCAAAUGCAGUCAAACCUCAUUAUUUUCAAAUUCCAAAACACCAGACCUAGGGCCCCAUACAAGAAAGGAAUUAUCGUUGCUAUUUUUCUCCUUGAGUUUGUCCAUGAUUGCACACGCACAUUUGCUGGGUACGCAUUUUUCUGUAUUUCCCUUAAUUGUAGAGGUAGCACCCUGGAUAAAAAUGAACUUUUAUGUCAGGUGGAUGGUCUUAAAAAGGUCAGUGUGUGUACCGACUUCUCGCAGGGAAUCUGUCCUGAAUAAAUAUUGAUUUCUGUCAGAGGAGAGUUACUUUCGUGAUCCGAGUUCAAUGAUUAAAUGUGAAAGUGAAAGCAGAAUGACUCAAGUUGGCAUGUUUUCAAAAUCCAGAGAGCAGUUAGAAGAGCUAACUUAAAAGACAUAUAUACGACUCAUAUAUGCUUGAGACCUUCUGGCUUGGUCCAUUUGAAUAUAUCUAAGGUCCAGAUAUGUUCGACUUGUGCGAGUUUUAACACUUACAGCACUGUCAUGCCAUAGAAUGUGCUCACUACCGCUGGCGACUUUAGUCAUCAACGCAACCAGGCACACUAAACAUAAUUACACAAUGAAUGGACACACUGCACUGAACUGAGUACUAAAGGAAGUCACUCUAUAUUAUAGCCGAAUGGUUGAUGAACCUCUAUGAAUUUUUAAAACGUGUUUCUUGGGCUGCCAAGGUUUUUUAAAUUAAAAAUAAUUCUAUCUAUGCAUUAGCGUUUUAAACUGGUGCUGUACUUGAGGGUUUUUCACUCUAUGAGCCUGCGGUACUGUAAGUGUCAAGGGUCAAAUCUGAGUUGGGGUCUGAAAGUUUGUUUUUUUCCCUGGACUACAAAGGAUAAUCUUUUGGCUCUGUAGACUAAGGCACAUAAAUGAGUGUGUCCCUGCCCGCGGCCCAACGAGGGUGUCUGGUCAGAACAGAAGCCUCGCGGGACACCUCUCACGGCAUUUGCCACCAUCUGUAGCCGCAGUCGUUGUUUUUGUUUUACUAACUGUAGAUUUGUUUGUAGGUCUGUGAUCAAAAUGGCUGUGGUUAGUUAAUUUAAGUAUUUUUAGAACAUUUUUCUCAAGUUUGGUUUAUGAAAAAAAAAUCCUUUUUUUAUGCUUACCUUAACACCAAUUUCAUUUUAGUAGUUUGAAAAGGUUUUACAGUCAAACAUAUGUGUGUUUUGAUACAACCAUUUACUUUUCUUUUUGAAAGAUUACAAGUCCAAGUCCUCCUGAUUCACUGGGUGAAAAGAUAUUUGUUUUUUCCUUUUCUAUGAAAAAGGUUCAGGCUGUAUAUUAUAUAUACUUCUAGCACUAGGAUUUAUAUAUAUCUAGGUCAGUAUUUGAUGACCUGAGAACUAACAUAAGUGAGCAUGAGAGGUGGUUUUGGUGAAAUUGAUCAAAAAAUGGGUUUGGAAUAAUGAGGACUCGUGCACUUUUUCUCUAGCUGUGUCAUAGGGACUAUGAUUAAUUAUAGACAGUGCUGAAUAAAGUGAAUCCACUAGAU